AUGGAAAGUGAAUUUUCAUCGAAUCCUGACAGCUUAAUGAAUACUAACAAUCAACUAGAUUCAACUCUGUGCUUACCUACAAACUAUGAUGUUUCUUAUGGUAACACAACAAAUUCUACAGAAAAUCCUAUCAGUAGAUACUGGACACCAAAUUUACUUGAUGGUGCCCUAUUUAUUGUGUCAAAUAGUACUUAUCAAACUGAAAAUAUUCCAAGCUCUUGGCAACAUCCAACUGAUUUGCUUACACGUACCUUCGAUGAUAUUACUAAACUUAAGGAUAAUCCUGGAAAUUUUUUUCAUAGUUUAAUUAACGCUUAUGCAGAUCUUUAUGAUAUCGAUCUUUAUCUAAUUGUGUCUAUUAAUAAUAAACAUACUAUUAUUGAUAAAAAUCAUUUCGGCAAACUUAACGAAAAACGAUGCGAUAAAGAAAGAUAUGCUUUUAUUUUUUGCAAUACUAACAACAUCUAUUGCUGUCCGUUGUAUUAUAAAAAAUACAUCAAUGGAGAAACACUCACUGUCUUUAAGAGAGAUGAUAUAUCCGUCUGGCAUGCUAUUGAAACAAUGGUUAACCAAAUGAAUAAAAAAAUAGUCGAUGAAAAUCAAAAUCAAACAGAAAAUCGUUUGGAAUUAUCUAUAGAAGAUCCUAGCCAUAUGGCAGUUGAUGAUACUUUUUCAUCAGAAAAUCAUUCAACUUCAUUCGAUCUCCAACCUGUAAUUUUAUUCGAAGCUUCUACUUUCAUUGAACAAAUGUUACAGGAAAUUAAUCAGUUAAAAAAUAAUCUUAGACCAUGGCUCAAUGAAAUUUUAAUACAAAACCAAGCGCCAGAUUUCAAUAUUACGAAUCUCAAUUCGAUAUCUCCUCAAGCUUCAGCUGAACUCAUACAGGAGAGACAAAUGCUUAUCUUACAGAUUAUUCAAAGUGCAGUUGAGCGAAUUCCACGAAACCAUGAUGCUGCUAUCGUUUCCAACAUAGUAGUUGCAAACAAUAAUCAACAAGAUAAUACAACUCUAUUCAGUGAUACGAGUCAUGUCACACAAAUUGACCAAAAUCCUGCUAACAUCUCAUCAUACGUUCUAAAUCAGUCAUCAAACACCAGUGAAAUUUUUCCAACUACUUCAGCAUCAAUUCAAUGUGAAGCACCAAAUAUUCUCAACAAGCCAAAGAAAGACUGGCACUAUCGAAAUAUGAGAGAUCUAGCAAAAAAUCGAAUUCCUCUUCUAGCUGGUGAUGGUCCUCAACGUUCAUUGAUACGUGUAAAAGUUCCUCUAAAACGCAAUUAUCCAAUGUAUCUUGGUAUUAAGGUUCAAACUUAUGAUAAUCGUGGACAUUGUUUGAAAGUACCUGUUCCUGAAGGUACCACUGUCAAUAUGGAUUCAUUUUGCAAUGACAACAAUCUCAAUCGUCUACAAUUUGAUCAAUGUACUCCAACAGACUAUUUUGAUUCAGAAAAUAGAUACAUUUAUUCAGAAAUUAGUUCAGAAGAACAUGAAGCUAGAGAAAAAGAGUAA